CGACCCAAUCCAUAAGUUUAGAAGAUGUUUUUGCCAUCAGAUAUCCUGACCUUUCAGGAGCUAGUAGAAAUUCCCCAACAGUUGAGAAAGUCCAUUGAAACUAGAAAUGAUCAUCAUGGUUUAGCAACAUCAGCAACUACUACCGGAUACGUCGGAGCACCAUCAGCAACUACCGGAUACGGGGUUUCAACAUUUAUUCUUGUUUUGAAAGGUAAAGGAACAAAUAACAAGGAUGCUCAUAACAAGAUAGAAGCUGCUGAAGUAGAAGGAAGUGUUUCAAAGAAAAAUGCGCCAAGCUGCACCACCUCCGUGGAGGAUAUCUGGACCCCCUUUCUCCAUAAGGAACAACAACAUGAACAAGAAGGCCUCUCCUACAAUAUCAACCUCGCAUUUGAGUUCGCACCAAGGGAUUUUGGUGGAAUCGAGCAUAGUGCGCCACAACCCGCAGAGACGGAGAACACGAAGAUUCCUUCGACAAGCAUCCGUGUAAUUCAAUUUGAAGUGCACCAGCAAGACCCUACUACAGCUACACCAAGAUCCUACAACAGCGAAGACGGUGUCCCUCUAUCUGAUGUGAAGAGACUAGGGCAGUCCUAUGUGGACUCCGGUGACUGCUGGGAGGUUCAGUUGUUUACAACAGCGUCGCAGUUAGUUUGGACAUCAACAUCUUCAAGAAGAUCUACUUCUACCUCUACGACCACGUGCAAUUAUUCAUCCUCCUCUCCAAGUUCAAGACGUUCACCAACUUCUUGUGCCAAUAAUUCGUCCCAAGAACGUGACGAGAUUGAGCAGUGUUUAACGGCGUUCCAACGAUUCGAAGUCGCUUCUGGUAGCUGCAACAACGAACUCGAUUUAGGAUUGCUACCUGCUUUGUGUGGAGAAUAUUUCAAACCGGUAACGAAUUGCACGACCGGAUACGCUCCUUCGAAUGAAGACGAGCAGGGGCACGACAAGAACCCUAGAAGUUGUACUAGCACGUCAGGAGGUAGAUCUUCACAUCCGCAGAUCAGGAGCUCCCGCCCUACUUCAAUAGAUAAAGAUGAUGGCCAGGAGAUCGGCCAGGACAAUCCUACUACGAGGACAGGUGUUUUCCUAACAGUUGGCCAAUCAUGGUCGCCUUUGCUGCUUUUCUACGUUCGUGAGCCCGUCUUGAUGUUCGCAGACUUCGAUCCAGUCGAAUUGCUUAAGGUGGCGUUUCGAACGGAGUUUUUGAGCCGCAUAGGAAAAGAUGAAGAAAGUCCUCUUACAAGUAGGUGUCCUCGUGGUCUCCGUUUCGCUUCGCCCUCCGCCGCGUGCGUGCCUGACCUAAGAAAAUUUGAAGCCCAGGUUGAGGGAGGAGGGCUCGCAAAUUUUUGGUUUUGCAAGCCUUCCGGCGAUUCAAAAGUGCAUCAUAAAAUUGAAAGAGCAGAUAAGAGUACUCGCACGAACGCGAUCGUUGCUACGAUCCAAGAAACAGUGGACUUUUUGGUCGAGCAGAGGGGUUGCAAUCGAGAACGCUUGAUGCAGGAGGUGGUUGGGCCUGCCAUGUCAGAAGCUGAGGCGUUAGUGCUUGCAGAACAAGCGGAAGCUGCCUCAACCUCACAUCUACUCGUCGUGCCGGAGUCCGAAGACGAGACAACCACGUCCCUUGCACAUGCUUUCUUCAGAACCAAACUAUGUCGUGAAGGAUGGGCGCCGUCACUUUUUGGCGCUGAAAAGGAGGGGAAGACGAAGCUAAAGCAGGCUCCUGGACCUGCACGUCGUGGUAUACUGCAAGAGAAAAGAGAAAGAACGUUGAGUGAUGCCUCGACGCGUGCGCCUUCACUAGUGAGCUAUGGAGGAGAGGAAGAGAAGGGGCUUGCGAGCUUGACUAGUUUGAGUGUUGCUGUGGGAACAGGAGACGAAGAACACCUUACCCCCGAAACCGAUGAACAUCAAGUUGUUUCAAGCUCCACAUCUACAUCAAUCACAAAGUGCGGCAAUUCUGCUAGCAACUCCACUCAUUUUCAGCAACGUUGUGCGGCUGUCUUUCUUUCCCUCGUAGCUGCAUUGCGCAGGUCGAAGGCAGUGGUUUAUCGUCAUGUGAAUAUAGUUGCAGAUGCGGAGGAACUGUGCAACAGCCUAUCAACGUCGCCACUUUCCCUGACGCUGAGGUGUAUGAAUUGGAGCAACGUCAUGCAGUAUGUGCCUUGUAACAAUGGGCAACAAUGGGUACAGGCAAAAAGAAUGCUACAGACGUAUGGAAAGAUGUUUCCGGAUUGUCGAUUCGUAGAAAGUUAUUCUCGAUCGCCGCAUGGUGGUUUAUCGCGGAUCCUUACUGGGCAAAAAGCGUGGCUCCGCUAUCUAGAUUGGAGAGAUGGCAGUGUCGCUGAAAUUGAUGAAAGCGUCGAAGAAAAUAGACCAGAUUAUUAUGAAGUAAGUUGUUACACAACAGAAGGUGGGGCGUGUUGGUCUCUUUUCGACUGACCUGAUCAGAUUAGUUUAUUUGACAGCAUAAUGAUCAAUUGAUUAUCCCUAACAUCACGACUCCACCACCACCUGAGAGAAAUAACGGACGUUUACCGCAUUACAAUCUCCUAGCCUGUAGCGCCUCUCUUUACCUGUAGGAAUCCCUAGGCUGCUUGAUCACGUAGAGCAUAGCUCAUCUUCAGUCUUGGUCGUCCUUCUCCUUCUCCAAAACUUGGGUGAGAGAUAUGAAAGGAAGCCGUAAGGCUUCUACUCAAGGAAAGAAUUAAUUACUAUCUAAUGAAAGCCACUUCAAUCUAGACAAUUCCAUCAUCCUUCUUAUUAUCCCUAACAAGAAAAUGAAAAUCGAUGAAUACCUUUCGUGAUUUGUACAGAUGACUUGACCAUGGCCAUGGGGACAAAAAAAAGAACAUGGUGUUGAAGAACUUCUACGCUGUACUUACUUCUACAUAUGAGUGUCGUCCGAAGCUCCAUAAUUACGCAACUUGAACGAUUUGAAAACAAGAUCUUGCUUGGGUUCGGAAGAUGCAUAGACUUAAUACUUCGUGAUAAUUAAUGACGACCAUUUUAACACAUAAAAGCAAGACUGCUGGAGACUGUUUGACAGGAUGUAGCAGGUCCGGAAUCUCAUUUUCACAUUUUUUUAUGGGUCACUAAAUUUCAUGACUUCAUCUGAAGACAGCACGACAACAUUUAUUCAUUUGAAGCUGCGGGAGAGUAGUCAUGUGUUUUUGGCUUUCAUACUUAUUGGUUGAUUGUUCUUACCUGGGUUAUUUACCGAUUCGGCCUCCGCCGCGUGCGUGCCUGGCCUAAGAAAAUUUGAAGCCCAGGUUGAGGGAGAAGGGCUCGCAAAUUUUCGGUUUUCCAAGCCUCCCGACGAUUCAAAAGUACAUUGCGGCCUCCGCCGCGUGCGUGCCUGGCCUAAGAAAAUUUGAAGCCCAGGUUGAGGGAGAAGGGCUCUCAAAUUUUCGGUUUUGCAAGCCUCCCGACGAUUCAAAAGUACAUGCCGACUCGGCCUCCGCCGCAGGCGUGCCCGACCUAAUAAAAUUUGGAGCCCAGGUUGAGGGAUGAAGAUGUUACUCAUUCUCUUAAUAGAGUGGGUUUAGUAGUUAUAGGUGGAUGAACACUGCCCAAUGCCUCAACGUCGACCUGGGUGGAGCACACAGUCGGAAACCCGAGACGAGUCUUUAUGGACUAAAUCUUGGGUGGAGCACAAAGCCGGACGAAGCAGCACAAAGUCCAGUAGGCCUACUUACUCAACUUUUAUUACAAAAUGAAGGCCUCUAUGGUCAAUCUAUGAUAUUAAUCGCAUCGAACCCAGAAUUCUGGUAGGUGUCGAAGUACAACUGUACUACAACUAGAGGUAGCGCAAAUAUUGCUAUAUUGCUCUUAUCUUAAAUCGCGAUGAUGUCUUCUGAAUCUGAUGCUUCCGACUUGUCGAAGUCGAUACUCAUACUCGGUUUGUUGAU